CGCCGGACUCCGGGUUUGCGUCGUGAUCGAGGUUUUGUUAAAUAAGUUUGGAUUUGUGGAACAAAUAUGGUGUCUGUAGUCGAGAAUAACAUCAGUCCAGAUUCUGCAUUUACAGUUGUGCGGAUGGAACCAUCAGACAUAUUAAGUCUCGCCGGACAGUUUGUUGUGCAAUAUUAUACUGUGAUGAAGAAGUGUCCUUCUGGAAUUCAUCGAUUUUAUAAAGAUGAUUCGUCUAUGAUUCGAGAAGACAACCCGGUUUGUGGUCAGCGAAUGAUUCACGAAAAAAUUAUGAGCCUGAAUCUGCAGGACUGUCAGAUUGCUAUUCUUAAACUAGACGCCUUACGAGCUAACGGCAACAGUGUGUUGAUUCACGUUGCUGGAGAAAUAAGCAUUGCUAACGGGGAAUUUAGGAGAUUUACCCAGUGCUUCAUUUUAAGGGAACAGUCUCCAUGUGAUUUUUACGUUUUGAAUGACAUAUUCCGGUACCAAGAUUUUGUGUACGGUGACCUCAGGAAUAGUGCAGAAACAAACAAUGAUCAUGUGACAAACAUGAAUGAAUUCAGUCCGUCAGAGAGCGUCCAACACUGUCCUAUGCCCCAAUCAGCCAGAGACGAUCACACUCACAGCUGGGAAAGUGCACCCGAGCAAGGUUACAAACAAGCUAUUGAAGAAGAUCAGGCACAUAAUUCGGAAGUUAAACAAGACCAGAUAACUGUAGAACACGUAACACCACAUUCUUCUGCCUCACCAUCGAUUCAGCAGGAGGCGGUGAGACAGUCACACCCUGCUAGUUCCCCACCAUUGCCACCUGUUCAAUCUGGGCCACGUAGUUGGGCACAAAUGGCAUCUAAACAACCGUCUCAGCCCGUUAUGAAUGCACAAGUAUCUAAAGGCUUGAGAAGUAAUACAAAUACUUCGGAGUAUGAUACUUCAGACGACCAGCACAGAUCAGGCUUGAGACAGUCUGUGAAUCCAGAUGGCCCGCAAAGGAUACGCCCUAUGGGACCACGCCAACAAGGAGAUUCACGAGGUGUCUCGGAAAUGAAUUAUGCGCAUGAUAAUCGUGGUUCUGCUAGAGGGAAUACAUCUAGAGGUUCUGGUUUCGGUGGACCUGCUCGUGGUGGAGGUAGAGGCGGCGGCGGCGGUGGACGUGGCGGUAUGGGUAAUGGACCUAUGGGUCGAGGUUCAAAUAAUAAUCCACGCAGAACAGGUUAACUAACGCCAGACUACAUGGCAUUAUACCUUCAAGCUUGGACAACACAUUUAUUAAACAAAAAUAAUAAAACGAACAAAACAGAUGUAACUAGGCAUCAGUUAGUCUUCACUACUGUGCUGUUUUACAUAACCUGAGACAACAAAAAAGUACAUUUAGGAACAAAUUCUUCGAAUUGCUAACUUCUUGAAAGUUGUCUGCUUUCCUGUACUGAUUGAUUUUAUCUUUUCUCUUUCUAGUUAAUAAUUUGCCUUGGUGUUUUUUGAAUAAGAUUUUCUUUUCACAUUCACCAGUUCUCUUUUUAAUACACACACACACGCAUGUGAUGAUUGUAAAGUACACUUGUGUGUGUGUGUGCGCGCGAGCGUUUUCUUCGAACUUCGUUACAUUUCUCAGUAAUUAUAACUUCUUUCUCUUUCCAAGCAUCUUUGUAUAUUAAGUGUGUGUGUGUGUGUACACCAAACAAAAGUGUCUUCACAAUACUAUUUGAACUCUG